AUGGCAAUGUCUACCCUGACCUCACCCUUGAAUCGUUUAGGCAAAUGCCACCCUCCCCAUGUGCGCAUGGGUGCUAUUUCACCGGCCCCGCCUUCCAAAACGGGUUUGCAGCCACACCCCAAUCAGGUUCACAACUUGCCGGCACCGGCCCAGAGCGACUCGAACGACCAAGCAGGAGAAGAUGCAGAGCUGGCAUUGGCUGCAGAGCGUGUCAGUGCCACGUACAACCUGGCCUCACUGCAGCUUCAGAUGCGGCUGGAAGCCAACCUCGAUCGCCUUGAGAGACAAGUGCAAGAGUUGGAAAUAGCCCCCCUGGAUCCUGGAAAAACUUUUGCCGAGGCCGCAGCCGAGUUAGCCUAUCACCAACAGCGCAAGGCUAUGGUUGAGCGGUUACUUGCAGACGUGCAUGCUCAACGGGACCACCUCAAGGCCCUCCUUGCCGAUGUCAAGUCGGCGCAGCGCGCCACUAACCAAGCAGACAGCGCCCAUGCCGAAUCUGAGGCCGCGUCACAGCCAACGGCAUAUGACACCACCCAGUCCACGUUGCUGGACCAACUGCUGGCCGCAAAUUACCAGGACAACCUGGCCCUUGGCGACAGUGAGGGUUUGUGGGAAGACUUGCGAAAGUUUAGUCAGCUGGCAGACACAGCUACCUCUCUCCUGCAGUCGGCUUCAAACGAUUCCCGAGUGCGUGCCUGGACCCUUAAUACAACAACCCGCGAACGCGAAACCGCUACUUGUAGGCAUGACGCAAUGGCGGUACAACUACCACCACUGCUGCUCAACCUCCGCCACGAGGAGCAGUUUCCCUCGUGGGGGCUCAUGCGCCAGCAACACUUGAUGAAGUCAUUGGUGCCACAUCGUUACUCCCUUCAAACCUACUAUUACUACUACUUUUACCAGUAUCUUUUCCUCAUGUCCCAGCCCUGCGAGGCAUCGGAUACGCUGGGCGAUCUCCCAGCCCUUGUAUCUGCCACGUUUCCUGAAGUCCACCCCACUCACUCCCACUCAGACGCCGAACUCUCAAGCGAACAACGUCGCUCUCCUGGCAAGAGGUCUCGCCGCCCCGACGACGAUGUAUCUCCGCCGGUGGCUGCUCCAGCCGCGAGCACAAAUGACACCCUUGCCACAAGGGCUGCAGAGACAAUGGCGCCGAAUGACUUGGUGGUGGUUCUACCGACUCAGGAGGAGCUCGAGCUGCUUCCAGCCGCAGUACAGGCAACCGCCCGGUUAGCCCAUGACAUCGUGCACAAGACUGCGAGCCACAAUCAACGUUCGAAAAAGGCCGAGUUGUCUCCCGACCCCUCAUUCGGUCUGCUUGCUGCGAUUGGGAACAGCUAUUGCAUGCCCUUUGGUGUGAGCCUUGCGCAACGCGACCCCAGGCAGUUGUUCUGCAAGCUGGAGCAGGAGGCCCGUUCCUGGACACUACGAUGUCGGGGUUUCCUUCUAGCCACACUCAACGACCAAAGCGCCCGCGCCGAAGACUUUGCUGCCGCUGUGAUCAACUUGUACAUCACCACACUGCGCUUUGACGAAGCUAUUCCUGUGAAUCAGCGCCGAGUAUCCUCCUUAUUGGUCAAGCAAAGCUUGGCUGCAGCCACUCAGAGCGCCAGCCUCAAGGGCCCUUUGGGAACAGGGGAUGACAAACAUUGGAGUGACCCCACCGUCAUCCAGCUCAGCCUCAAAAAGUCACUUGCGUCGAUGCUAGAAGCUGGACUGGUCCUGCAAGAUUACUGUCAAAUGUGCUGGCGCUUGGUCGACUUGACAACAGAGCAUGCGCUCAAGUCGCGCCUGGAAGCAGAAGCCAAUACCAGCCAGCCUCGCACGUGGGCUCAUGGCAACGAACUGGCCUUUGUUACGGCUAUUCGGCAGCUUUUGCCCGCCCCGUUUGCUGUCGAUCUAACUCAGAUCCCUGCUUUACAAGGCUCUCCCAUGUGGAUCGCUGGUUUUCAAGACAGUGGUGCACAGCCAACCGCUGCCCAAGCGGCCAGCGCCGAUCACGUAAUGCUCGCCACCUUCCAAAGCCAAAAUCAUGAGCUAAGGCAAUGCUAUCUCACCUUUCCUCAGCUGCAGGCGGUUGUGCACGACACCAACGCACUGCUAGCCGUGGUUGCCUUGCAGCCCACAGCCCACCUGACUCAGCUCGCACCGCACUUUCGCUGGCCAAGCUGUACUGCCUUUGGCCAUACUCAAGAUCUUGCUGCUGAGGGCGCAUGGACCAGUGCGGCGCAAGAAUCAGGUGAAGCAAUGGAGGGCCUAGGCUCAGAGAUCAACGAGGAUGGCAACUUUGAGCUGACGCCCAGUCAAAAAAGAGUGUUGUUUUCCCAACCGCCAGAGCUGCGUACACUUUUGGGAGAGCUAGCUGAUCUCGCGCGCAAUAUGCGCUUUGACGGUGGCGAUCCGACGGCACAUGCAACUCCAAACCUGGCUGAAGAAAGCCGCGUUUCUUCAAGCGCUGCGCCCGCCUCUACACGAGGCGAGCGCGUCGCUGCCUCAGACGCCCGCAUACCUGAUAGCCUCAAGGUUCUACAAUCUCUCUCUCUCCCUCCCUCUCCCUCUCUUUCCCUCUCUCUCCCUCUCUUUCCCUCCCUCUCUCUCUCUUUCCCUCCCUCCCUCUUCCCACCUUCUUCAUUGCUCAUGUGUCUCAGAUGCAUCAACUGCAUUGACUGCAUGCGUGACAUCAUGGCUUGUUGCCCAACCCGCGAUGCUUCAGUCCCCUGCUUUGGUGGACCUUUUGCGGCGCACGUUCUGGCCUAUACGAGCGAUCAACACGAUGUACCACCCAGCCAUGAGCGUAUCUUUGAUGUCAAGGCGAUUCACCUUGCUGGUGACACGCGGCGCCAUCGCCCCGUGACCUUUGGCUUGCUGCCGGUCAACUCGCGACUAAACUGCCCCGGCCCGGGUUUGCGGCAAGGCGUUGUGGCGUGGCCGGAUUUAGAUGAAUUCUGCGCCAUGGCACCUCCGGCUUUACCAGAGUUUUCUGAGCAUGUUGGAUUGCUGACUCUUCCCUUGACCGUUUGCUAUGGCAUGGAUGCUCUGUCAGCCACCACGAGCGAAGAUUCGGCCAUGGAACUGGCUCAAAACGCUUGUCACUCGCAGUUUGCUGUGGGCCGGCCCGCUCUGGAAGCCCCCAGCCCCGGUAGGAGUGGGCGUUUCGAUGGCCUGGUUCAAGUUCACACGGAAGCGCUUGGUAUAGCCAUCGGCAAGCUGGCCCAGGACUACCAGCUGCAAUCGGCAAAGAACCUUAUCCGUCAGCUCGAGUCAACAUCCCACUUUCUGGCCCGCGCGUCGCAGUCCUCGCUAUCGGAUACCGAUGGGGAUGUACCAGCUCUUGAUCAGGAUGAUGUUCGCAUCGUGGAAGCCAUCUUACGAACUCCCGUGGAUCCACAACGCUUUUCGGUGCCACCCAAGCCCUUACAGCCUAAAGAGGCAGGCGUUGACCCCGUGACUGGCUUCAACGCGCUGUCUGGCUUUGUGGCUCGGAUGUCGCAUACAACGCACGAAAUGAGUUCGGUGCCAGCCACGCGGCAAGCCGGCGCUUUGGUACCUGGCUUGGCCAAUCCUCUCGUAAAAGAAACGUCCAGUUGUUCGAAUGGAAUGACUGCUGUCAUGCCAGACUCUGAGGGCUGCCGUUCGCCCCAGACAAACGAGUCACCAAAACCUAUCUGGACGCCGCUCAAGCAGGCCCUCGCUGCUUCUGCUCAGCAUGAAUCACCCGAGUUUUUGCCUGUCUUGGCAGCACACGUGGCCUCGGAAGCAAUCGCGAACAUCUCUGUUGAGGACAAGCGCAAUGAGAGUGUGCUUCCUGAGCAACCUAGCCGCCCCGACUAUGUCGCCUUGUUACCGCCCCCUUUGGACGGGUUGCCCGCUUUACCGCUAUCGCAACAGUUCCUGUCACUGCUUGCACGAGAGCACGAAUCGAUUGUCCCAGCAUCGCAGUUCAUUGCGGCCGAUCCUUUUGCGUCUGGUGCUCGUGAAAUUGAGGCUGAUUCACGGGCGCUACCGCCGCUCUACACGCUGUCGGGCCUGCGUUUGCCCAUUGUGCUGCCACAUGCACGCACUGAUAUGCAGCCGUUUGAGGAGUUUGAUGCUGUCAUGGACAAAUUUAAAACUAUAUUUGCACAAACCGCAAAGGUUGCCCCUGACUACAGCAGUGUCGAGCCCUGCAACGCCGGAGCUUUUGAUGUUCGCCAUGCCCACGGUGGCCCAGCAGCCCGACCACGCAUUAGCAGCAUGAACGUUCCGCCACCCCCGUUAAACUUGGCAGUGCCGGCUGGUGAUCCCCUGGCCUCUUAUUCUCAGUCCGAUGCCGAAUAUGGCGAACGACGCGACGCGCGCCACGGACCGCAGGCCAUGCGACAACGCCUUCAGCAGCUCCGUGCCCAUCGCCAGCCUAAACAGGAUGAGGCUGGCCCCGUGGACAGCGUUGAAGACACACGGUCACUUGAUGAGCUGCUCAAUUUUAUCGAGGGAGCCCAGCGGGACUCAGGCUCGAGUCACGCUCCAAAUGCUGCUUCUAGUGAUAACCUCGUCAAGACCAAGUCCAAGAAGAAAAAGAAGAAAAGCAAAAGCAAAAAGGCAUGUGUCAUGCAGUGUACAUGUAACGCGCUCAGUGCCCCCUCAGCCAUUGAGGGCCCGGGGGUAAAAUCCUUGGAUGCUCCUGCACCAGCAAGCAAAGCAGCAACUGUGACACCAACAAAUCAAGCUUCUGGGUCCAUGGUGGCACCCAAGGCCGAAUCUGCUGUCACACUUGAAGAAGGCCCGGUCAGUGUGGACUUGGACGAUAGUGCGCUGGCGGAGCAGGCUGGCGCUGCGGCCCAGCUUUUCCCUGGAGGGUUGGCAGCCGCUCUUUUGGCUGGGGACUUGUUAGAGGACGACCCUCAAGACGACCCGGAAUUGCUUCGCGAAAUGGAAGCGUUAAAGUCGCAGUUGCAGGGUAAGACGUAG